CCAAGUUCCAUCAUCAACCUAAUAACACACAACACUAAAUCUCUUUCCCAAAAAAAGAUUAAGAAGUCAACGAUGGAGAAUCUCAGAAAUGGAGAAGAUAACGGUUCUUUGAUCCCAUUUACGUUCUUUGAUCAAUCUUCAGUGACGAUUCCUCUCUUGAAGUGUUCCGGUCUCGAAAGUUCAUCAUCAUCAUCUUCUUCUUGCGAUCUUUCGUCAUCACACAGCGAGGAAGAUGAGAGUAUCGAUAUAAAGGAGGAGGAAGAAGAAGAAGAAGAAGAUGGCAUGACCAUUGAAAUCAAAGCGAGAGGGAAGAACAAGACUAAGCCUACGCCAAGUUCAGGAAAAGGAGGCAAACACAAUUAGAGUUCAUUCAUAUACCGAGGAAAUUAAACAAAUAAAUGCAUUUGUAUAAAAUACUUAGAGCUAUAAUACAGUGGAGUUUUUUUAUAGUCAUUUGUUUCGAAUAUGAAUUGGAUUAAUAAAGAUCGAGUUUUAUUUUAUUGUUUCGUUACAGAAUAG